CACACACGAGCGAAUGUCUCAGUGCGUCAGUUAAGUGAUGGCUCCCGUGUUGGCUGCUACGCUGCCUCGCUCUUUCGCUACCUGUGUUAGAUAUGGUGUACGCCACGCGCAAAUAUGCCGGAAUUUGAGGACCAGACACAUCGGGGUGAGCGUUCGACUCAAGUCGACGCCUGCAGCUGCCUCUCUAGUAGGAGAGAACAAUGCUCUGGGCGCUGCCUCCCAUGAUAAAGAGAAAAAAGACCCACUUGACCUGACCUUCUGUGACCAUGAAGCCGCUUUUAAGAGCAAGACGACUUGGGAGGUGUUACGUGCUCUGUUAGUCUUCCAAAUGUGUGGUAUUCAGUCUCUAGUGGACAACAAUGAGAAGUUGCUGAAGUUGGGGCAGAAGUUGUUGGGAAAGCGUCUCUUCGCCGUCCUUAUGAAAGCCACCUUCUACGGCCACUUCGUCGCUGGUGAGGACCAAAUCAAGAUCCAGCCUGCCUUGGAGAGGCUUCGCUCCUUUGGCGUCAAGUCAAUCCUCGACUACUCGGUGGAGGAGGACAUCAGUGCUGAGACUGCCGAGAAGCGGGAGAUGGAGGGGUGUGAGUCGAAGGCGGAAGGGUCGAACAAGAUGGAGAGAUACACCCCUCAGCGGAGGUUUGCGGAUCGUCGCUACCAGGUGUCCAGCGCCAGGACCUAUUUCUAUGUCAAUGAGGCUCAAUGCGAGAAGAAUAUGGAAACAUUUAUCAACUGUAUUGACGCAGUCUCUGAUGCGACACAUGGCACUGGCUUCGCUGCCAUAAAGAUGACUGCCCUUGGUCGUCCUCAGCUCCUGAUGCAGCUUUCAGAAGUCAUAGCUCGAGCCCGGCAGUAUUUUACCCAAGUAACGGGAGAAUCUGGCCCCAUCUUGUUCUCAGAUAUAAAAACAGACGUGUUUGAAAAACGGUUUCGGGAAGAAAACAUUCUGACAGAUAAUCCUGCAGUAAGAAAGUGGUUAGACAGCAUGACCUACGACAAGAAGGGUUUAAUUCAUCUUUUCUCCUGGUCGGGAUUGAUUGAUGCUAACAUCCUUUUAAGUGAUCUGUUUCAUGUGCCCAGUCUUAACUCUGGCCACAUGGAACCCAUUAUCUCAGCACUGACAAGGGAGGAAGAAGAAAUGUUUAAAAAUAUGAUGCGUCGGCUGCAUACCAUUUUCCAGUAUGCCAGAGAAUGUGAUGUACGGGUGAUGGUGGAUGCAGAACAAACUUAUUUCCAGCCUGCCAUUUCCCGUCUCACUUUAGAAAUGAUGAAAAAAUACAACCAGGAAAAAGCCAUAGUUUUCAAUACCUAUCAAUGCUAUCUUAAGGAAACCUUCAACAACCUUUCCCUUGACCUUGAACAGUCUUAUCGUCAAAAAUUUUAUUUUGGCGCCAAACUUGUGCGAGGGGCAUAUAUGGAACAGGAACGUGCCCGUGCUGUUGCACUUGGUUAUGAAGACCCAAUUAAUCCUACCUUUGAAGCCACUACAGAGAUGUACCACGAAUGUCUUAAUGAGUGCCUUCGACGAAUUAAAUUCAACAAAUCGAUAGGAGAAACACAAAAGAUUGCCAUCAUGAUAGCAUCCCACAAUGAAGACACUGUUCGGUACACUGUCAACAAGAUGUCUGAAUUUGGAAUCCAUCCCCUUGACAGAGUUUUGUGUUUUGGCCAGUUGCUGGGUAUGUGUGAUCACAUCUCCUUGCCUCUGGGUAAGUCUUCAGUUUCUUUUGUUUAUGUAGAUGACAAUAUUUUUAAGUGUUAGUUAUAGUAACCAUAGCAUUCACAUACAGUAUUCUACCAUGAGAUAUUCAUUGUUAAGAAAUUUUAAGUUUUUAAUCAGGGGGAUGGGUAACCUGUAGCGCAGUGGUUAACACAACUGACUUGACAGAUUGGUCCCGUUUUCAUAUCCCAAGCAGGAAGAGACAUAUAGGCAAGUCUCCUUACACUCGUUGCCUCUGUUCACCUGGCAGUAAGUAGGUACCUGGGUGUUAGUCGACUGUUGUGGGUCACAUCCUAGGGGAUGGUCAAUGCUACAUCUGAGGACCUAACUCCUUCAGAUGACCUAAUUGCUUUCACUCAGUGAGUGAGAACCAUUGAAGUAAACUGAAAAAUGAGUACCAGUGAAUAAUGCUUGUACCAGAGAUGCAUUGCAUAACUAGUUGCUCAUCCGUAUAAAAAAAACUACUAAUGUAGAAGAAUAUCUAAAAUUUCUAGGGAAAUAAAUUUACUUAUAUUUUAUGUAAAUUUCCAUUAAACUGUAGGACUGAUAUAUACAUUAACCAUAGAUGCUUAGUUUACAUUCAAAUUUUAAGUUCUCAAAUAUAAACAAAUAUUUUAUGUAAUCAGCUGACAUUUCAGUACAGUAUACGAAAGGAUACUAAUCUUUGAUGUGGAUUUAGGAAAUGGGAAGUACAAUGCCUGCACUCUUAAACGAGGGGUUUGGGAUAUUGGCAGUUUGGAAGGAUAUGUUGUGUAUCUUUAUAGGUAUAUGCUUCUAAGCUGUUGUGUUCUGAGCACCUCUGCAAAAACAGUGAUUGUGUGAGUGAGGUGAAAGUGUUGAAUGAUGAAAGUAUUUUCUUUUUGGGGAUUUUCUUUCUUUUUUGGGUCACCCUGCCUCGGUGGGAGAUGGCCAACUUCUAAAAAAAAAAAAAAAAAAUGAUAGGAUGAUUGGGGAGCAAUGUGGCAGAUGUUGCCAGUGUAUGGUAUAGGUGCUAGGUUACUACAUGCAAUUGUUAUGUGGAUGGGAGGCUCAGGUUAGGAUAUGCAGUAGAAAGGGUAGGGACUGUUUCCCAUUAAAAGUAGGCUAUAGCUAAAGCAGGAUUGUGUGAUGUCACUAUGGUAACCUAACAUUUUUAUUGAUAGGAUUGUACAGAAAGCAAAUGCUAGGAUAUUGGGGAGUUGUGCAAUUAAAAGAUAAUGAAUCUGACACAAAGUGGGAGUUGUCACAGUUACUCUUUGCAUGACAUUUCUUUUGAGAGAUUCUGAAGAGUGCAGUAGUUGGAGGAAUUUGGGAAAAUAUAAAGUAAGGAAAUUAAAAGUGGAUGUAGCAAAUAGCAAGGUGAUGAAAGUAACAGAAAUUUGGGAAAAUAUAAAGUAAGGAAAUUAAAAGUGGAUGUAGCAAAUAGCAAGGUGAUGAAAGUAACAAAAAUUUG